UCUCUCAUGAUUCUGCCUUCUUCUACUACCCACAGUACUUUCCCCUUACAUCCCUUCUUCACCUCUCCAGCCUAUCCCCUCCCUGCUUCCCCUCCCCCACCCUUUGAUCUUUCCUCUGUUGGUUUUUCACCCUCUCCCCACCUUCUUUAUAGGGCCCCUGCCCUCUCUUUCUUCAGUCCUGACGAAAGGUCUCAGCCCGACGCGAUGACUGAUCAUUUCAACGGAUGCUACCCGACCUGCUGAGCUCACCCAGCUUGUUUGUACAUAUUAGUGAAUGUUUCGAUUUCAGCGAAACUAAAGCCAAUGCUCUCAUCUGGAAGGAGUGCCGGGGCGUGGAAGGCGAGAGGAGAACCACCAGUCUCUUCUACGAAAACAGGAAGUUUUCUUUUGACAGAGUCGCUCUUGGAGAUCGACGCCGAACAAGUUUAAACAAGAUGCAGUCGGCCAGGAGUGAAUAAACGCUAGUCAGCGUCCCUCUUUUACUGAUAUUCCUCGCUGGGUCCAGUGUUUUUACUCUAUUGAUUUUCAUUUUCCGGGGGACCUGUUGGUGACAGUAAAUGGCCACCGCGAUUGCCAAAGACCAGAAAACAACAGCAUGGUGCAGAUAUUUGUUCCUUUAUGAUUCGUCAAAGGUUAGAGAAGAGGGUGACCCAACAAGUUCUGGGAUAUAUUACUUUUUUCCCUCACAGACCAGUGUUGACCAACAGGAGUUACUCUGUGGGCAGAUCGCUGGAGUAGUCUGCUGCAUUGCUGAGAUCUCAGGAACUCCACCCAGGCUAAUACGCUUGCGAAAGCUGAAGUUUGCUAUACAGGUGGAUGGGGAAUAUCUUUGGGCUCUUGGAUGUGCCCUAGAUGUCCCUGAUGAGAGCUGUAAGCAGUUUCUGGAUCAACUCAUCGGCAUCUUUACAUUUUACAAUGGAUUCAGUAAACAUAUAUACCAGGUGCGGGAUCGGAGAGAGCUGGCCUGCCAGUGGGAUCUGUACAUGGAGCAUAUCCAGCAAGCCAACAGUGGCCUGCAUCACACUUUCAAUUCCCUUUGGAACCUGGACAGGACUGAUGUGGAUCCCCUCCUGCUGUUGAAAGCUGCUCUCAUUUUACAGAACUGCCAGCGUUGCCCAGAGAUCCUGGCCGGAUGCAUCCUCUAUAGAAAACUAAUAGUGAGCUCUCAACUCCUGCCUGAAAUAACAGCCAAGAUACUGGCUUACCAGCCUGGCAUCUGUGGUCAGAAUCCGACAGAGAGAUCAGAUGAUGUCCCGUUACCUCAGGAUGUGACCAUUUUGACUGUAUUUGUUACUGAAGAGGAAUUUGCUGCUCUGCGGCAGUAUUCGAUUGAAUGGGUUUAUGGAUCAUCCAAGAGCCCAAAGCCAUGUUUAUUCGAGGAAAGGACUCAGAAACCACUGCCCUCCAGAACACUGUCAGACUGUCCAGACCCCGAGGAACUGAGUGAGGUGGAGUGUGGAAACUACACAGAGUUUGAGACCUCAUAUCCAAGCUCCAAAGACAGUAGCACACCAUCAGGCUCUGUGGACCCAGCCCAGAAUUAUCAAGGAAAACAUAUCAGGCAAUCUCAUCCAAUAGACUUUGACUGCAGUUCUUUAGGGAGUGCAAAUUCUCAGCCACAGAGCAAAGCCUCAUUGCUUUCCUCCCCUGGACACUCUUGGUCGUCACUACAGUUAGAUGAAGAGCAUUCUGAGGGAGACUCCUUGCACUUUGUUGAUCUCUACAUGGAACUGAUAGAGGACAGAUUAGAUAAUAGGAAUGAUACUGCAACUGCACGCCUUGCAUCUCAUUCUGAAAACAUUCGUGGGGAAGAGCAGAAGGAGGCUCCUGUCACAUCUACUGAUGAUCAUCAAUUGCCCUCACAGCAACAUCAGACCUCUCUACCCAUUAAUACUCAGCAGACCGAUGGUGCCACAGAUGGAGACACUCCUGCAGGGUACAAAGCAGAUGGUGCAGAUGUUAAGGAGAAUGCAUCCUUGAACCAUGAACUCACAGACCACGGGAACUUGGUGAAAUUGAGUCUGUAUGUUCACACAGUGAAAGGGUUGGUAAUGUCCCUUCUGGCUGAAGAAGGAUUUCAAGUCAAUCACAGAGCUAUUGAAGAUGUUUACCACAGUUCCCUGGCCUCCUUAAACGGUUUAGAGGUGCACCUAAGUGAGACUUUACUCAGUAGGAAUACCUGCAACUUACUUGGCUUUAACUUUGCUCAUUACGACUGCAUUCAACAUAUACUCACAGCUCACCUCUCUCCUGGAGCCCAAAGGGAUCACUUUCUCCGAGCCACUUCCUUAAUGCACACUGACCUGAACCGCAACAGUGACCUUCGUGAGGCGACAGUCAGAAAUGCCUCCACUGCUGUUUAUAGCUGCCGUAACUCUGCCCAGGAAACCCAUUUCCAACAUCUUGCAACUCCCAUCCACAACUCCGGGGUCCCAAAUCCUCACGACAGUGCCUUUGCUUUACCCGGAAGAGCCAAACAGAAACUGCUCAAGUACGGAGUGAACCUGCUCUGAUCAGCAUUGUUCUCCAAGAUUGGACUGCAGUACUUCAGAAACAUUUGCAUUUAUAUUUUACAGAAAAGCUAUAACAUUUUAAAGUCAUAUUCUAGUUACAGUUAUUACUUAUGUCAGAGGGACUGCCUUAUCAUUCCUCUGCUUAACUUGAGUGAUAUCUGGAUCACCAUAAUGGCUUCUUUUGUUUUUUUCUCGUACUGUGGAGCGAAGAGUGAUCCCAGGUAACUUGCAGGGCUCAAUAAGGUUUCUGACAUUUUGCAAAAUAAUUAACAGAUGCUGAUUGGAAACCUUUCAUGAAGUUAACCAUAGUGUCAGGUCCAGCAGAAUAAGUUUUCAUAUUGGUAAAAUGCUUCUAAGUGUUCUGGUGAAAUUUCACUGUAUUUAUAUAAUAGAGUUGUAGAACACUAUAGCACAGAGACAAACCCUUUGGCCCAUCUAGUUUGUGCCAAACUGUAAUUCUGCCUAAUCCCACUUGGACCAUAGCCCUCAUACCCGUCCCAUCGAUGUGUUUAUCCAAACUUUGCUUGAAUGUUGAAAUUUAACCUGGAUCCACUGCUUCCACUGACAGCUCGUUGCACACUCACACCACCUUCUAAGUGAAGAAGUUCCCCCCUCAGGUUCUCCUUAAAUAUUUCACCUUUCACCCUAAACCAAUGGCCUCUAGUUCUGUUCUCAGUGAAAAAGCCUGCUUGCAUUUAUGCUAUUUAUACUCGUAAUUUUGUACACCUUUAUCAAGUCUGCCUCAUUCUAGAUACAGUAAAAUUGUUCCAGUCUCUCCAAUGGAUGGUCACGUAGAAUUUAAUGUUGGCCAUGUGGGGGGUACUGGGACAUCUUACCUAAAGUUUGGUCAGAUAAACCUUUAAGGAAUAUCUGCCAGGAGAUUGUAAAGCAGAUGGAUUUACAGGGGGAUCUUCAGACGCUGGGGUUGACGAAAAUGAAUGCUAUCACUUUCAAAUUCCAGCUCUCAGACAGUGUAGCCCUGAAGGACAUUGCAAUAACCUCCUCUGUAGUCACGAUGAAGCCUCUCUCAGAGUGGAGGAGCAAUACCUCAUAUUCUGUCUGGGGAGCUUCCAACCUGAUGGAAUGAACAUGAAUUUCUGGAACUUAUGGCAAUUUCCCUCUCCCCUUCUCUCUUUUUACCAUCCCUCAUCCUGCCCCCCUCCUCACCUGCCUAUCACCUUCCCCUGGUGCCCUUCUUCCUUCCCUUUCUCCCAUAGUCCACUUUCCUAUUAGAUUCCUCCUUAUUCAGCCCUUGCAUUUUCCACCUAUCAUCUCCCAGCUUCUUACUUCACCCACCUGCCCCUCACCUGGUUUCACUUAUCACCUGCCAGCUUGUCCUCCUUCCCCUUCUCCCCACCUUUACUCUUAUUCUGGCUUUCUCCUCCUUCCUUCCAGUCCUGAUGAAGGGUCUCAACCUGAAACGUUGACUGUUUAUUCCUCUCCAGGGAUGCUGUUGGCAGAAUCCCUUGUGUUCGUGUUUGCAAACACUUAUAUUCAGUGAUAAGUAUGCUUUUUCUGGGAUGUCGACCCUGGUCUUUUUACCUUGUCUCUCUAUCCAAAAGGCACCAAGACUAAUUCUAACCACAUAAUGCAGAGUUAGACACUUCCUGGGAGGCAGGUUUUUUAAACAAUGACUCUCUCCACCUACUUUGAUGUGUACCCUACCUGGGUAGAGGUGAACAGGCUGAUGUAACAGUCCAAUAUAUAUAGUACACACCUGUAUGUCUGCUUGUUAAUGUAAAUAUCUAAUGCAUAAUGCUUGCUAAUGCAUAAAAGCAUGUAGACGUGGUCAGGAGAUUCAGUUAUUGUUCAGACCAAACAUCAGAAUGAGGAAAAAUAUGAUCUAAGUGACUCUGACCGUGGAAUGAUUGUUGGUGCCAGAUGAGGUGGUUUGAGUAUCUCAGAAACUACUGAUCUCCUGGGAUUUUCACACAUAACCCUCUCUAGGGUUUACAGAGAAUGGUGUGAAAAACAAAAAAAAACAUCCAGUGAGUGGUAGUCCUGUGGUGAAAAUGUCUCGUUAAUGAGGGAGGUCAGAAGAGAAUGGCCAGACUGGUUCAAGCUGACAGGAAGGAGACAGUAACUCAAAUAACCACAGGUUACAACAGUGGUGUGCAGAAAAGCAUCUCUGAACACAUAACACGUGGAACCUUGAAGUGGAUGGGCUACAGUAGCAAAAGAUUACAUGCAUACACUCAGUGGCCACUUUAUUAGAUACAGGAGGUCCUAAUAAAGUGGCCUCUGAGUUUCAUAGAUGAGUUUUUCCUGUGGAACUCUGAUAGUAUUUUUAUAGUGACUAUGAAAACCUCUUGAUAUUAAUGUUUUUUUUCAUGGUUAUUUAAUAUGCAGGAGCAUGUGAUGUUUUCCUAGGUGUAGGAAACUUUACACAGAAACAAGUAACUUUAAGAUUAUUGAUAGUUAUUAGUAGUUCUUAACUUUUGAAGAUUUGCCACAAACCAUAUAAUGAAGCUUAGUCCAGAGCAUUUGAACAAAUCUGAGAGGUUUAAAUGGGGGGAGAGGGAGGAAUGAGAAUGUUAAGGGCCCAUUUGCUGUCAACACCUUUCCUUUGUACAUGCUGAACAAUAAACACCUCCACUUUUAACACUACUUCACAAUUCUUUCCUUGUAUUUUUGAUAUGUUGCUGAACGUUUGAGCAACCGGGAGGUUAAAAUUUGUUUGACUUGCAGCUGUGAAGUCCUGAUCUCUGUGAUGACAAGACAGAAUGGAGGGAGUCAGAUGGUGGGGUGGGGUGGGGUGGGGGCAGACCUGCUCAAACCCUAGUUCUCAUGACAAGCAUUCAGCUGGUGGGUCUGCCCAGGGGGACAGUCACUCAGCUAGUGAGUCUGCCCAGGGAGGCAAACACUCAGCUAGUGAGUCUGCCCAGGGAGACAAACACUCAGCUAGCGGGUCUGCCCAGUGAGACGCUCAACCAGUGGGCCUUGUGAGGGAGACAGACACUCAGCUGGUGGGCCUUGUGAGGGAGACAGACACUCAGUUGGUGGGCCUGCCCAGGGAGAGGAGCCAUACAUCUACAUUAAAAUGUAAAUUCAAUAUAUGCACUGACACAUCACUUACCCUUACAACAGAAAGGAGUUAUUAUUAAUAUUAUUAUUAAUAAUAGUUAUUAUUAUUUAAACAAAGGCUGAUAAAGUGGAGAAAUAAAUUAACAAAAGAGCUCGCUUAAGCCACCUUUUAAACAAUAGCUCUAGAGGCAUUAGUGACUGGUGGUCUUGUAAUGAGACAUAUGGCUAAGUGGUGUUAAGAUGCGUUGUAAAGUGUGAUCUUUCUUAUUCCCAAGAGAGAACCUCUACUUUUGACUAUGAAUCAGAGGAAGAUUAGCCCAUUCCUAUUUUAUAAUGAUUUUGGUGAAAAUUAUAUGAAAUGAUUUAUAAGCAAUGUUGGUGUUUGCCUACUUUGUUGAAAAACUUGUAUCCCUGUGAGUGUAUAGCAAACCUCUUGCCCUCCCCACUUUCUGUAGGGAUCGUUUGCCACAUGACUCGUCCCUCCCGGCUCGUGUAUGACAAUUGCAACAACUACCUCAAACCCCCACUGUCAUUCGGAGCCUCACUCAGUCCUUCCACGUGAGGCAUCACUUCACCUGCAAUUCCGUCAGGGUCAUCUGGUGCUCGCAGGUCAGCCUCCUUUAUAUCGGAAAGACCCAACACAGAUUGGAGGGCCAAUUUUGUUGACCAUCCUUGCUCUGUCCGCUGCAAAAGGCCAGAUCUUCGGGGGGCUCCCCAGAUCUGUACAUGGCCUUCUUCACUGCCAUGAUGAGGCUAAAGUCAGGGUGUAGGAGCAACACCUUAUACUUGUCUGGGUAGCCUCCUACCUUGUAGCAUGAACAUCAAUAUCUCUAAUCUCUGCAAAUUUCUCCCACAUCCUCCUUCAAUCUUUUUUCCAUUUCCCAUUCUGGCUUCCCUCUUAUCCUUUCCCUUCUCUUCCCCUGCCCAUCCCCUCUGGUGCCUUUCCCUUUCUGCCAUGGUCGGUUCUCCUCUUAUAUUAGGUUCCUUGUGCUUCAGCCCUUUACCUCUUCCACCUAUCACCUCCCAGUUUCUUACUUCAUCGACAUCAGAACUAAGAAGGAAGGGGGUGGAAACCAGAGCAUUUUGAUAGCAAGACCUUUCAGUCUCAUGGGGACUACAGAUGCUAAAACCUGAAAUUAAAAAAAGGAAGUUACCAGAGGGACUCAGCAGAAUCUUGAGUUGAAAUGCUGACCAUCCACUUCCCUUGGCAGCUUCUUUAAAAUUCCUUGCUGCUUCAGCUGCUGACUGACUAACUAUUUAUUUAGUAAUUAAAAAUACACAUUAUCGAUAGUGAUGGAUCUUUGUUUUAAAGAUACAGUAACCCUCUGAAAAUCUGACCCUCUCAGGUUAGUGAGAUAUAGACCAAACACAGGCAAAUGGGAUUGGCAGAGAUCUCAUGGUCAGCAGAGAUAAACUGGGCUGAAGGGCCUGUUGGUAUUCGGUGUAACUCGAUAGCUGGUGGUGCUGCACUGGGAAAUCAGUGUACAGUGUAAAGAGAGCAGGAUGCAGAAGCCCUAGGUACUUGAUGGUCAAGAUGGAGAGGGUGGGCCGAAGGGCCUGAUUCUCACUCUCAUGACUCUAAGAACCGGUGAGUUUCAGCUGGUUGUACCACCACUCCAGACCCCAACACUCUCCACAAAUCACCCAUUUUCUGGUAUUCCUGACACCCCAUCUCUUCACACUUUGCACACUGACGACAGAGUGAGCCAGAUACUGAACCACUGGGAUGUCCUCCUGAUCAAAUACAGGAUUCUCUGGGGAGACUUAGAAAAUGUACUGUACACACAUAUGAGUAACUGGGUUUAUUCCAUAUAAUGAAUUUGUGUUUCUGUACAUUGAAUGAGCUCUGCUCACUGCAGCAUGGUGGCAUAGUGGUUACAGUGCCAACAAUCACCAAAAGCAAUCACCUAUUCGGGCUGCUGUCUGCAAGGAGUUUUUAUGUUCUCCCAGUGACUGUGUGGGUUCAUUCUGGGGCUCUAGUUUCCUCCCACAUUCCAAAGUAAAGAUUAGUAAAUUGUGGUCGUGUAAUGUUAACACUGGUAGGCUGCUCCAGGCAUCACCUUCACACUGCAUUGGCCGUUGACAUAAAUUUCAUAGUAUGUCUUAAUGUGGAUGUGACAAAUGGAACAAAUCUUUGUAGCCUCCUUUAAUUCAAGUAUUGAAGACACAAGUAAUUCCAGUGAACUGCUUGCUAAAUCCUUUAUUACAUCCUGUGGAGUUGGGUUUUCUUUAAGCUCCUGAUGAACACCUUCCGUCAUCAGUGCCAAAUUGCAAUUCCGUGGCAGUUUUAAUAUAUCAAACAAAAUUUGGGGCCGUUGGUAGAGAUGAUCAAAACCUUGAUUAAAAACACAGGUCUGAAGAAACGUCUCAGAGAAGGUUUCCAGAAAAAGAAUUCAGGCCUUCAGCAGUUGGAACCAUUGUUACCAAAGAGAGUGGGUUUCGAAUAGGAAAUGUAUAGUCCAGAAUGGGAAGACAGCAGAGAUAUUUAAGAACAGAGGUGGUUGUAGAGAUGGGGAGGUACAAGACCAUGUUCACCAUGGUUUGCUCAUCCAGAGGCUUGGAUUUUAGAUCUCCAUCACAAUUGCAUAUAGAUUACUGAUCCUUCCCAGAAGCAAUACCUCAGUUGCAUUAGUACCGGCUUCCCCUCUGGAGCUGCAUCACAGUUAGCAUAACACUUUGCAGUGUCAGCUAUCAUUGUUCGGUCCCUGCUGGACGUAAGGAGUUUGUACAUUCUGCCCAUGACACAUAUGUUUCCUCCGGGUGCUCAGCUUUCCUCCCACGUUCCAAAAGACACACCUGUGAGCAGGCUAUAUUGGCACCGGAAGUGUGGCUACACUUGCGGGCAGCCCCCAGCACUUAUUCAGACUGUGUUGGUCAUUGACACAAGUGACACAAUUCACUGUAUGUCUCAAUGUACAUGUGAUAAAGCUAAUCACAAAAUCUGAAUGAGACUUGUUGAGGGCUUUGUGUGUGAUGAGCAUUAUCUGUUUUAGAGCUGAAGCAUCAGGUUACAGUGAUGUGUUCAAUGAAUUGGCACUUAACUUGAUGUAGAUAGAGAAGGUGCAACAAAGUGGUGGAUCCGCUCAAAGUUAUUGAGUGUCUUCUUUAAAAAGUGUGCUUUAGAACAUGUGGCCAACAUUGCAUCGACUUGGCAAUGACAAUUUAUUGGAUGGAUUCUGAAACUGGGCAGCCAGAUGAAGCCAGUACUAUCCAGUGCUUCUGAGAAAGAUCAGUACUCAGUAUGCAAGCAUAGCAAGAACACAGUAUGUCAGGGAAGCAGAAUUUCUACUCAUUCACUCCAGGGAUCCUGGAGUUUAACAGAUUUGUGUGUGACUGUUUGGAUCAAGAGGUUGCAGAGUACUGGAAGCAGCCCAGUCCAUCCUGGACACAGCUGUCCCCACAAUGGACAGAAUCUAGAUGAAGUGCUGCCUCAAGAAGCCAGUGUCUAUCAUCACAGAUCCUCACCAUUUAGUUCAUGCCCUCUAAUCCAAAUAAUAACCUGCCCAAACACCUUCUGUACCCUUUCCAAAGUCUCCACAUCCACAGACAUUUAAGAAGGAAUCUGCUGAGGGAACUCAGCAGGGUGAGCAGCACGUGCAGGAGGAGAGCAAUUAUCACUCUUUCUGCUCCAGUUACACCGAAGUAGGAUUUUGACCUGAAACAUCAACGCUUCCAUCAGUUCACCCACCUUCCCCACAGAGAUGCUGUUUGACCUGCGGGGUUCCUUCAAUAGAUUGCCGGUUGGUCUUCUUAGGAGGCCUCUGUUGAAGCUUAUUUUUUUGUAAUUUAUUUUUUAUUGAAGUUCAUCAUCAAACAAACAUUUCCAUAAGAUGUAUUUCAGAUAUUCUACAUAUAUGUCAUAUAGUCAUAUAUGCCACAAAUCUCCACAUAAUAUUUAUCUAAGGUAUACACUUAUAGAAAAGUGAGGAAAGAAAGAACAAGUGAAAGGAGAAAACUAUGUACAAUUAGGGAGAGAUUUUUUUAACAACAUAUUCAUUGAUUUGUGAGGAUAAAAUCAGGCCUAUGAGGUCUGAUAAAUAGUUAUCAGACUGAGUCUGAGUCAGACUAUAGUCUGAUAAAUAGUUAAACCAUUUUCCCCAGUAUGAAUCAAAUUAUUCCAACCUAUGAUUAACAGAUGCUGUUAUCUUCUCCAUUUUGUAAAUGUCCAUUGUAAUUUCCAUCCAUGUAUUUAAAGUUGGGCUCUCCUGUGAUAACCAUUUCCUAGUAAGAGUCUUUUUACCAGCCACCAACAGUAUAUUCAUUUUUAUCUCCUUUCAACCAUUCUUGAGGUAUAUAUCCAAAAUAUAUGGUCUUACUCUCUAAGGGUAUUUCACAUUUAAAGAUGUCUUGUAGGGCAUUGUGUAUCCCCCUCCAAUAGUCUUUGAUAACGGGGCAUUCCCAGAAAAUAUGAUAAAGGUGUGCAUUUUGAUUUCCACAAUUUUUCCAGCAAACAGGGAAGUUACUAUCAUAAUGGGAUUUCUGAGAGGGUGUAAUAAAAUAUAUUAUCAAGUUUUUCCAUCCAAACUCCCUCCAUUUCUGUGAACUGGUACACUUCCAUUGAUAUCUCCAUUAUUGGCCAUUCUUCUUCAGAUAUAAUUGUCCCUCCUUCCUUCUCCCACUUUGUUUUAAUGUAUGAGGUCAAAUGUGUUUUGAGAUUGGACAAACCCUUAUACAUGCUUGAAAUGAUUCUACUACCGUUACCUGAAUUAUAUACUUUUCUAAAUAGUUCUAUCAAACAUGGUCUUGCCUUGAUUACAUUUUUAACCAUCCUAUUAACAUAUUGUCAUAUCUGUAAAUACUGAUAAAAGUUGCUCUGUCCCUUUAAUAGUAAUACCCGAUAUCUUCAUUUUGUCUGAUGUAUUGAGCUAAUGGUUCCAGAUAUAACGCGGAGUAGCGAUGACCAUGCACAAAACCCUGUCUUGUGCCCCUUUCUAGGGUAAGACUAUUUGAUAAAUAUCCAUUGAUUUUAAUCCUAUAGUUGUCAUAUAGUGUCCGUGUAGUUUUAAUAGUUGUGUCAUGGAAACCAAAUCUAUGUAAAACUCUGUAAAGAAAAUUACAAUUAACCAAACCAAAUGCCUUUUCAGCGUCCAUGCUUAUCACUAUUGCUUUGAUUUUAUUUUUUUGUAUAUGAUCCAUAAUGUGAAGUGUCCUUCGUAUAUUGUCUUGUGUUUGGCAUUGUUGUAUAAAACCUGUCUGAUCGUUAUGUAUCAGUAUGGGUAGAAACUCUUCUAAUCGUUUAGCCAUGAUGGAGGUAAAUAACCUAUAAUCUACAUUAAGAACAGAUAUUGGUCUAAAUGACCCACAUUCCAUUUAUCCUUGCCUUCUUUCAGUAUAGCUGAGAUUAUCGCUUCCUUCCAACUGGGUGGCAUUUGUGCCUUUUUUAGAGCCCAGUUCAGUGUGGGGAGUAAAACAGGAAUUAACUCAUUUUCAAAUUCUUUGUACCACUCUGCUGUAUACCCAUCUGAUCCUGGUGACUUGCUUAAUUUAAGUCUACUAAUUGCAGCUUUUAGUUCAACUUCAGUUAUGUCAGCAGUCAUCGUUCUAUUUCGUUCUUCGCUUAAAGUGGGUAACCCUAGAGAAUUUAGGAAGAUGUCGAUUUGGGUUAUGCUUCCCCCUGGAACUUUGGAAUAUAGAAUUUCGUAAAACACUUUAAAAGCUUCCUGAAUUUCACUUAGCUAAUUUUUUUUUAUCAGUUUUGUUCUUAAAUAACCAUAUAACAAUAUAACAAUUACAGCACAGGAACAGGCCAUCUCGGCCCUUCUACUCCAUGCCGAAUGCUUACUCUCACCACGUCGAACCAACCUCAAUCAGCUCAUAACCCUCCAUUCCCUUCUUGUCAUAUACCAAUCCAAAUUUUUUUUUAAAUGACAAUAUCAAACCUGCCUCUACCACUUCUACUGGAAGCUUGUUCCUUACAGCUACCACUCUCUAAGUAAAGAAAUUCCCCUUCGUGUUAGCCCUAAACUUUUGCCCCUUAACUCUCAACUCAUGUCCUCUUGUUUGAAUCUUCCCUACUCUCAAUGGAAAAAGCCUUACCACGUCAACUCUAUCUAUCCCCCUCAAAAUUUUAAAUACCUCUAUCAAGUCCCCUCUCAACCUUCUACGCUUCAACCUUGUUCAACCUUUCUCUGUAACUUAGGUGCUGAAACCCAGGUAACAUUUCAGUAAAUCUCCUGUGUACUCUCUCUACUUUGUUGACAUCUUUCCUAUAAUUCAGUGACCAGAAUUGUACACAACACUCCAAAUUUGGCCUCACCAAUGCCUUGGACAAUAUUAACAUUACAUCCCAACUCUUAUACUCAGUGCUCUGAUUUAUAAAGGCCAGCAUACCAAAAGCUUUCUUCACCACCCUAUCCACAUGAGAUUCCACCUUCAGGGAGCUAUGCACCAUUAUUCCUAGAUCACUCUGCUCUAUUGCAUUCCUCAAUGCCCUACCAUUUCCCAUGUAUGUCCUACUUUGAUUAGUUCUGCCAAAAUGUAGCACCUCACACUUAUCAGCAUUAAACUCCAUCUGCCAUCGUCAGCCCACUCUCCUAAAUCUCUCUGCAAGUUUUGAAAACCUACUUCAUUAUCCACAACGCCACCUAUCUUAGUAUCAUCUGCAUACUUACUAAUCCAAUUUACCACCCCAUCAUCCAGAUCAUUAAUGCAUUUGACAAACAAUAGUGAACCCAGUACAGAUCCCUGAGGCACACCAGUAGUCUCCGGCCUCCAACCUGACAAACAGUUAUCCACCACUACUCUCUGGCAUCUCCCAUCCAGCCACUGGUGAAUCCAUUUUACUACUUCUACUUCAAUAUUAAUACCUAACGAUUGAACCUUCCUAACUAACCUUCCAUGUGGAACCUUGUCAGAGGCCUUACUGAAGUCCAUAUAGACAAUAUCCACUGCUUUACCCCAGUCAAAUUUCCUAGUAACCUCCUCAAAAAAUUCAAUAAGAUUUGUCAGCAUGAUCUUCCACACACAAAUCCAUGUUGACUGUCCCUAAUCAGACCCUGUCUAUCCAGAUAGUUAUAUAUACCAUCUCUAAGAAUACUUUCCAUUAAUUUACCCACCAUUGAUGUCAAACUUAAUAAUAGGUUUAAACCUAGAUAAUUGCUAGGUUUACUCUUAGAACUCUUUUUAAACAAUGGAACCACAUGAGCAAUACACCAAUCCUCCAUCACCAUCCCCGUUUCUAAUGACAUUUGAAAUAUUUCUACAAUAACUUCCCUCAAGGUCCUAGGGAUUAUCCUGUCAGGAUCUGGAGAUUUAUCCACUUUUAUCUUCUUUAAAAGCGCCAGUAGUUCCUCUUCUUUAAUCAUCAUAGUUUCCAUAACUACCCUACUUGUUUCCCUUACCUUACACAAUUCAAUAUCCUUCUCCUUAGUGAAAAAAAAUCGUUCAAAAUCUCCCCCAUCUCUUUUGGCUCCACACGUAGCUGUCCACUCUGAUUCUCUAAGGGACCAAUUUUAUCCCUCACUAUCCUUUUGCUAUCAAUAUAACUGUAGAAACCCUUCGGAUUUAUUUUCAUCUUACUCGCCAAAGCAACCUCGUGUCUUCUUUUAGCUUUUCUAAUUUCUUUAAGAUUCUUUUUGCAUAUUUUAUAUUCCUCGAGCACCUCAUUUACUCCAUGCAGCCUAUAUUUAUUGUAGAUCUCUCUCUUUUUCUGAACCAUGUUUCUAAUAUCCCUUGAAAACCAUGGAUCUCUCAAACUUUUAACCUUUCCUUUCAACCUAACAGGAACAUAAAGAUUCUGUACCCUCAAAAUUUCACCUUUAAAUAACCUCCAUUUCUCUAUUCCAUCCUUCCCAUAAAACAACUUGUCUCAAUCCACUCCUUCUAAAUCCUUUCACAUCUCCUCAAAGUUAGCCUUUCUCCAAUCAAAAAUAUCAACCCUGGGUCCAGACCUAUCCUUCUCCAUAAUUAUAUUGAAACUAAUGGUAUUGUGAUCACUAGACCCGAAGUGCUCCCCAACAGAUACAUCCGUCACAUGACCUAUCUCAUUCCCUAACAGGAGAUCCAACACUGUCCCUUCUCUAGUUGGUACCUCUAUUUACCAAACCAUCCAGCCCUUUUACAGAAUGGGCUUCCCAGUCUAUGUAUGGAAAAUUAAAAUCACUCACAAUCACAACCUUGUGCUUACUAAAGAUAUCUGCUAUCUCCUUAUAAAUUUGUUCCUUACAAUUCUCUCUUCCCAUUAGGUGGUCUAUAAUACACUCCUAUAAGUGUUACUACACCUUUCCCAUUCCUCAAUUCCACCCAAAUAGCCUCCCAGACGAGCCCUCUAAUCUAUCCUGCCAAAGCAACACUGUAAUGUUUUCUCUGACAAGCAAUGCAACACUUCCUCCUCUUGCCCCUCCGAUUCUAUCACACCUGAAGCAACAAAAUCCAGGAAUAGUUAGUUGCCAAUCACACCCAUCCUGCAACCAUGUUUCACUAAUAGCUACAACAUCAUAUUUCCAGUUAUCAAUCCAUGCUCUAAGCUCAUCCACCUUUCUUACAAUGCUCCUAGGAUUAAAAUAAAUGCAUUUAAGAAAUUCUCCACCUCUUACUCUCUGCUUAUCCCUAAUGGUGCAAACAACUUUUUCUUUCUUCUCUCCUACAUCUUCGGUCUGAGCGCUCCCCUUCUCUAUCACCUGCCUAUCCUCCCUCACACACUUUCUCUAUUUGUGAACUAACCUCCUCUCCCCUAGUCUCUUCAAUUUGAUUCCCACCCCCCAACCAUUCUAGUUUAAAGUCUCCACAGUAUCCUUAGCAAAUCUCCUCACCAGGAUAUUGGUCCCCCUAGGAUUCAAGUGCAACCUGUCUUUUUUAAACAGGUCACACCUGCCCCAAAAGAGGUCCCAAUGAUCCAGAAACUUGAAUCCCUGCCCCCUGCUCCAAUCCCUCAGCCAUGUAUUUUUCAUCCUCCUCAUUCCAUUCCUACUCUCACUGUCAUGUGGCGCAGGCAGUAAUCCCAAGAUUACUACCUUUGCGGUCCUUCUUCUCAACUCCCUUCCUAACUCCCUAUAUUCUCCUUUCAGGACUUCUUCCCUUUUCCUACCUAUGUCAGUGGUACCUAUAUGUACCACGACCUCUGGCUCCUUACCCUCCCACUUCAGGAUAUCUUGGACACGAACAGAAACAUCCCGGACCCUGAUACCAGGGAGGCAAACUACCAUCCAGGUCUCCUGACUGUGUCCACAGAAUUGCCUAUCUGACCCCCUAACUAUCGAGUCCCCUAUUACUACUGCCUUCCUCUUCAUUUCCCUACCGUUCUGAGCUACAGGGCUGGACUCCAUGCCAGAGGCAUGGCCACUGUUGCUUCCCCCUGGUAGGCUGUCUCCCCCCCACCCCAACAGUACUCAAACAGAAGUACUCAUUGUCAAGGGGUACAGCCACUGGAGUACUCUCUAGUACCUGACUCUUCCCCUUCCCUCUUCUAACCAUGACCCACUUGUCUGCCUCCCGUGGCCCCGGUGUGACCACCUGCCUGUAACUCCUCUCUAUCAACUCCUCACUCUCCCUGACCAGAUGAAGGUCAUCGAGCUGCAGCUCCAGUUCCCUAACACGGUCCCUGAGAAGCUGCAGCUCGGCGCACCUGGCGCAGAUGUGGACAUCCGGGAGGCUAUGCAACUCCAGGACCUCCCACAUCCGACACCGAGAACAACAAUCUGCCCUCACGCUCAUGAUUCCCCCUUUCCUCAAAUAACAGGAAAAAUUUAAAACUAAACUUUUUUUGCCUCGCCUGUUUCCGCCAAAGCCCUUAAGCCCUCACUCUGCUCCCGGCUCACUCGCUGCCUGCAAACGACACUGCCUGCUGUAUAAGGCUCUGUUCCUUUUAAAUCUUCCGUGCCUCACUGCCCGACGUCCAGUGCCUGCACAGUCCCACCUCCGAUGAGACUAAGAAAAAAUCAAAAUGCUUCCCACCACAGUCCUGUUCUGAUUCUCAGAUUUCCUUCUCCAAAUUCUUGGAUUCCUAAUUCUAUGAAUUGUAUUUUCUGCUUUUUUUUCCGUUUCCACACCAAUAUUUUCACAGACUUAGAUCCACUUUCAUAAUGUCUCUGUUUCAGAAACAUUCAAUUUUUCCUGAUUUCUUGCAUAGUAAAAUUAUUAAUUUAAUUCCUAAACUUACUCUAAUCUAUCCUGUACCAAAUUCAAUUUAUGUUUUUUCUAGUUCCUUCAGCCUAUUUUGUAAUUCCUCUAAUGUUUUAUUUCUUAUUUUUUCUUAUAUGAAGAUAUCGCUAUAAUUUUCCCUCUUAAAACAGCCUUCAGAGUAUCCCAUAGAAUGGGAGGUGAAACCUCUCCAUUAUCAUUGAAUUUUAAAUAAAGACCAAUUUCUUUUUUAAUUUGUUCCUUGAAGUAUGGAUCAUUGAGUAGACUUGAAUUUUUUUUCCAAGUAGUAUUCUUUGGUUGUAGGUCAAAAUCAACAGAUAAAUAUCUAGGUGCAUGGUCACUUACAUCUAUCGUCCCAAUUCCACAGGUGAUUAUUUUGUCUUUGUCUUUUCCAAAUGUUAUGAAAUAGUCUAUUCUUGCAUAUACAGAAUGGGGGACAGAAUAAUGAGUGUAAUCCCUUCUGUUGGGGAGAAGGUCUCGCAAUAUAUCAAUUAGACCAACAUCCUCAAAAAGUGUGUUAACUUUCUUAUGUAAGGAUUUUGUUUCAUAGGUUUUUCUAUUGGAAGAGUCUAACUUUGGUUGUAAUUGUAAAUUUAAGUCUCCCCCACAUAUCAGGAGACCUUCUGUUUCCGUUACCAUAAUAUUAGUAAUUUUCUGAAAGAAACCAAUAUCACUUCCUAGGUGUGUGUGUAUAUAUUCAAUAGAGUAACUGAAUUGCCGUCUAUAUUCCCCCUUACCAGAAUAUGUCCACCCUCCUCUCUCAUUUCAAAUACUUUUUUCAAAUUUUAGCUUGUUUGAGAUAAGAAUAUGUCCUGAUUUAUAUGAGGAGUAAAACAAAUUAUUGCUCAUUUUCUUUAGUUUUCUAUGCUCAUUAUCACUUAAGUGAGUUUCCUGUAAAUAUACUACAUGGGCUUGUUCUUUUUUCAUUUUGGAUAGAAUUCUAUUACAUUUGUUUGGAUUUAACAGCCCAUUGACAUUAAAAGAAAUUAAUUUUA